GAAGGAGGAAACAAUACGUCACUAACAGAGCUGCAGUGAGAGGCGGAGCAAUAGUGGAAAAACAGACAAAUUUAAACUAAGUUCAUCAGGUCUUUCUCAUCUACAGCAGAAACACUGUGUGUAGAUAUGGCUGCUGCCACUAGUCUGCUGUCUGAAGAUCAGUUUCUGUGCCCCAUCUGUCUGGAUGUGUUCACUGAUCCAGUCAGUGCACCAUGUGGACACAACUUCUGCAAAAACUGCAUCACUGAACACUGGAAUAUUGCUGUCCAAUGCCAGUGUCCCGUCUGUAAAACGCUUUUCUACACAAAACCUGAGCUGCAGGUCAACAUUUUCAUCUCUGAGAUGGUUGAUCGGUUCAGACAGUCAGCUCAACAGAGAGCCAGCAGCAGCAGAUCAGAGCAACAAGCUGCCAAACCAGGAGAAGUUCCCUGUGACGUCUGUACUGGAACCAAACUGCAGGCUGUGAAGUCCUGUCUGGUGUGUCUUGUGUGCUAUUGUGAGAUUCACCUGGAGCCUCAUCUGACAGCGUCAGGAUUGAAAAGACAUGCACUGAUUGAUCCUGUGGAGAACCUGGAAGGAAGAAUGUGUAUGAAGCAUGAUAAACUGCUGGAGUUGUUCUGCAAGGAUGAUCAGACAUGUGUCUGUAUGCUCUGCACUAUUUUAGACCAUAAAGCACAUGAAGUUGUUCCUCUGAAAGAGGAAUAUGAAGAAAAGAAGGCCGAGCUGGAGAAGACAGAGACUGAGAUUCAACAGAUGAUCCAGAAGAGACGACUGAAGAUUCAAGAGAUCAAACAAUCCGUCAAGCUCAGCAAGGAAAAUGCAGACAAAGAGAUAGCAGAAGAUGUUCAGGCCUUUACCAAACUGAAGGAGUCAGUUGAGAAAUACCAGGCCAGAGUCAUCACAAUGAUUGAAGAGAAGCAGAAAAGGACAGAGAAACAGGCUGAAGGAUUCAUCAAAGAGCUGGAGCAGGAAAUCUCUGAGCUGAAGAAGAGAAGUUCUGAGCUGGAGAAGCUCUCACACUCUGAAGACCACUUCAACCUCCUCCAAAGCUUCCUGUCCCUGAACGCUGCUCCACCCACCAAAGACUGGACAGAUGUCAAAGUCUGUCUGCCGUCAUAUGAUGGGACUGUGAAGACAGUUGUGGCUCAACUGGUGAAGAGACUGAAGAAAAUGUUCACAUACGGUGAGCUGAUGUGGGUAAAGCAGUAUGCAGUGGAUGUGACACUUGAUCCUGAUACAGCACAUCCCAAACUCAUCCUGUCUGAUGAUGGGAAACAAGUCCAUCAUGAUGAUGCAGAGAAGAAUCUCCCAGACAAACCAGAGAGAUUUUCUAGGGGUCUCUGUGUCUUAGGGAAGCAGAUUGUUUCUUCUGGAAAAAUUUACUUUGAGGUUCAAGUUAAAGAGAAGAUGCGCUGGGAUCUAGGAGUUGCCAGAGAAUCGAUCAACAGGAAGGGGCUAUUCAGGAUCAGCUGUAAGAAUGGUUACUGGACUGUGAGUUUAAGGAUUGAAAAGUACUUUGCUUUUGCUGAGACUCCAGUUCGUCUCUCUCUGAAGUCAAAGCCUCAGAAGGUUGGGGUGUUUGUGGAUUAUGAUGAGGGUCUGGUCUCCUUUUAUGAUGUCAAUGCUUCAGCUCUUAUCUACUCGUAUACCGGCUGCUCCUUCAAUGAGAAACUCCUCCCAUUCUUCUGUCCUGGUCUUAAUCAGGGCGGUAACAACUCCACCCCUCUGAUCAUCUCCCCUGUCCACCACACUGAGUAG